AUGGGUUAUUCCUUCGGAACCAUGCAUAUUUGUUUUGAGCAACAUUGUUCGAAACUUGACAUGACGACAAUGAUCAGACGACAAUCUACGCGUGAAAUCAAAGAGAUGAUUGAACUAGCACAACCCAUCAAUGGUGACUUAGUUCAAACACAUAUUCUCGCAGCAUGUGUAUCAACCGUUGGUUAUUUGCUUUUAAAAUUACGUGAAUACUAUUAUGAAGACGGAAUAUCAAGGGAGUUACUUUGUCUAGUUGGAACAGUUAAAUGUCGGUAUAAAGGAAGUCAGUAUAAUAUUCCAAUUGAAAUAUGGGUCCAACCUGACCAUCCGAAUACUGCACCGAUAGCGUAUGUUAAACCAACACCGGAAAUGUAUAUAUCAUCCAAUUGCAAACAUGCUCUACCUGAUGGAACGAUCAGAAUAGCAUAUUUGACGCAUUGGGAUCAUACAAUUAGUUCUAUAGAAGGCUUAUUGCAAGCAAUGUCACAAGUAUUUUCACAGCAACCUCCUGUAUAUUCAAUUGGUAAUGGUACCAUUCAUCCGAUCCAAUAUCAACCAGCAGCUACAAAUACAGCUUCGCCAACAUUUCACAAUCCGACGACCAGUGCAGCAUCAAAUUCUGAUAUUCACCAAAGAAAUAAUUCUCAUCGAUUUUCCGAUAUUCUCGCCGAACCAAAACGAAUGCUCUUACCUAUUCAAGGUUAUGAAAACAUGUCUCUUGUUUCUCUUGAACAAGCCGUACAACCUCUUAUUCCUUUCGUUCCACAAGUCGAACAGAUGGUCUGGAUUGCUAAACAAAACUGCCUUGAUCCACAACAUGGUUUAACUGCCGAUGAAUCAGCGGCUAUCAUGAUUUACACGAUGGGAUGGGAACCAAAUGAAUCUUCGUUCUAUCUUAUUCUAAAUCAAACAUUACGGUCGCCGAAUCGUGAUCAACUAAAACCUUGGUUUUUGUAUCUGCGAUUGAUCAUUAAUGCAUUGGGGAAGCUUCCAACAACUCAACAGAAUGUUUACCGAGGCGUGAAGUUAGAUUUAAGCGAUCAAUAUAAAAAAGAUAGCACUGUUGUUUGGUGGGGAUUUUCUUCAUGUACAUCAUCAAUUGAAAAGCUUGAAAAUGAACAUUUUUUGGGGAAAACUGGCGAACGCACUUUCUUCAGUAUUGAAUGUAAAUCAGGUAAAAGUAUUCAAUCACAUUCAUACUAUGAAACAGAAGAUGAAGUUCUGCUUCUUCCUGCUCGACAAUUCCGCGUUACUGGCUGUCUUGAUCAAGGAAAUGGUUUACAUCACAUUACAUUAAAAGAAAUCGAUCCGCCAUUCGAUCUUCUCAAACUACCAACGAUAUGA